AAUCGAUCGCUCGGUGCUCGUUUGAGCGUCCUGGAACCAAUAGCUGUGUCUGGCUGUGUUGUUUUUCCUGGCUGCUUGUCUGUGGCACAGGAGGAACGCUAGCUAGCAUUCUGUUAAAAUUCGGCUAACGUACGCCUGUGAUUAUCUGAUCGACGUAAUGAAUUUAUUACUGUCAAAUGCACAUGGGAACGGACUCUUGUACGCGGGAUUCAACCAGGACCAUGGAUGCUUUGCUUGUGGAAUGGAGAAUGGGUUUAGAGUGUACAAUGCAGAUCCACUCAAAGAGAAAGAAAAACAAGAGUUCAUGGAGGGCGGGGUCAGCCAUGUGGAGAUGCUGUUCAGGUGUAACUACCUAGCGCUGGUCGGAGGAGGGAAGAAGCCCAAAUAUCCACCUAACAAAGUGAUGAUCUGGGAUGACCUAAAGAAAAAGACUGUUAUAGAAAUCGAGUUCUCCACGGAGGUCAAAGCAGUGAAGCUUCGAAGGGACAGGAUCGUUGUGGUCCUGGACUCAAUGAUCAAAGUGUUCACGUUCACCCACAACCCUCAUCAGCUGCAUGUAUUUGAGACCUGCUAUAACCCCAAAGGUCUGUGUGUGCUGUGUCCCAACAGUAACAACUCUCUCCUGGCGUUCCCGGGGACCCACUCUGGGCAUGUGCAGAUCGUAGACCUGGCCAACACAGAGAAGCCUCCAGUGGACAUCCCCGCCCAUGAGGGGGCGCUGUGCUGCAUCGCCCUCAACCUGCAGGGAACCAGGAUAGCCACCGCCUCUGAGAAAGGAACCCUGAUCAGAAUAUUUGACACCAUGGCAGGUCACCUGAUUCAGGAGUUGAGGCGGGGGUCACAGGCCGCUAACAUCUACUGCAUCAACUUCAACCAGGACGCGUCCCUCAUCUGUCUGUCUAGUGACCAUGGUACAGUCCACAUAUUCGCUGCAGAGGACCCCAAGAGGAACAAACAGUCCAGCUUAGCCUCGGCUAGUUUCCUUCCUAAGUACUUCAGCUCCAAGUGGAGUUUCUCCAAGUUCCAGGUUCCAUCAAAUUCGCCAUGUGUGUGUGCCUUUGGAACAGAACCCAACUCUGUCAUAGCCAUUUGUGCUGACGGCAGCUACUACAAGUUCCUGUUCAACCCGAAGGGGGAGUGUUCCCGAGACGUCUACGCCCAGUUCCUGGAGAUGACUGAUGAGAAGAUCUGACCUUUAACCCAGACUCCUCCUACAGACAGACGUGUGUUUAUUUUCUGGAGCAGGAGGACAAGGGGGGGAUGGACAGAAGGAGGAGGUUAGGUGUCUCUGCUCACCCAGUGCUGAUAGACUCUCAAUGGAGAGAGGGAGACCGCCUUAGAAACGACAAGACGGAUGGAGGGAGCGAUGAAUGAAGUCAAUGUCCUCUCUGACACAAACUACUUAGAGACCAUCCUUGAACAACUACCAAAGGACAGACAGAUGGACAGACUGUCACCUGGACCUUGUUGUCCUGCUACUCUGAGAACCAAACAGGGAAAUGUAUUUUUGUUGCUUUUUAAAGAUGUCUUCCGUGGAAUUUACAAUGAUCGGUCGAUUAUUCUGGUUAUUUUUUUUAAAGGCGUAUUGCGUUAAUUCCAAUAGGUAGAUACAUAGAAAAAUAAAUAUUGUAAACUAACACCACCUAAUCUAACUAUAGGGAGUGCCUCUGAGCUGAAUCAAUUUGGAGUGUGUAUAUAUAUAUAUAUAUGUGCCUUCAGGAAGUAUUCAUACCCUUUGACUUAUUUCUCAUUUUGUUGUUACAGCCUGAAUUCUAAAUUGAUUAAAUAUAUAUAUAUAUUUUUUUUUACACACAUCUACACACAAUACCUGAUAAUGACUAAAGUGAAAACAUGUUUUUAGAAAUGUUUGCGAAUAUAAAAUGAAAUGCAGACAUUUCUAAUUUACAUAAGUAUUCACACCCCUGAGUCAAUACUUUGUAAAAGCACCAUUUGACAGUGACUACAGCUGUGAGUCUUUCUGGGUACGUCUCUAACAACAUUCCACACCUGGAUCGUGCAACAUUUGCCCGUUAUUCAUUUUCAAAAUGUUUCAAGCUCUCAAAUUGGUUGUUGAUCGUUGCUAGACAUCCAUUUUCAGGUCUUGCCAUAGAUUUUCAAGUAGAUUUAAGUCAAAACACUAACUCAGCCACUCACUGCAACAUUCACUGUCUUAUUGGUAAGCAACUCCAGUGUAUAUUUGGCCUUGUGUUUUAGGUUAAUGUCCUGCUGAAAGGUGAAUUCAUCUCCCAGUGUCUGCUGGAAAGCAGACUGAACCAGUUUUUCUCUGGGAUUUUGCCUGUGCUUCGCUCUAUUCUGUAAAAAAAUGUAUCCUGAAAAACUCCCCAGUCCUUAACAAUUACAAUCAUAGCCAUAACAUGAUGCAGCCACCACUUUGCUUGAAAAUAUGGAGAGUGGUACUCAGUAAUGUGUUAUGUUUGGGGCAAAUCCAACACUUUGUAUUCAGGACAAAAAUGUAAUUGCUGAGCCUCAUGUUUUGCAGGUAAUUAGUUUAGUGUCUUGUUACAAACAUAAUACAAAUUUUCCAAAACAUGCAUCAUCUACAGGCUUCCUUAUUUUCACUCUGUCAAUUAGGUUAGUAUUGUGGAGUAACUACAAUGUGUUUGAUCCAUCCUCAGUUCUCUCCUCUCACAGCCAUUAAACUCUGUAACUGUUUUAAAGUCACCAUUGGCCUCAUGGUGAAAUCCCUGAUUAGUUUCCUUUCUCUCUGGCAACUGAGUUCGUGACUGGGUGUAAUGAUACACUAUCCAGAAUGUAAUUAAUAACUUCACUGUGCUCAAAGGGAUAUUCAAUGUCUCUUUUUUUUUUUACCCAUCUACCAAUAGGUGCCCUUCUUUACAAGGUAUUAGAAAAAAAAAACCUGGUCUUUGUGGUUGAAUCUGUGUUUGAAAUUCACUGCACGUGUGGGGUACAGAGAUGAGGUAGUCAUUUCAAAAUCAUGUUAAACACUUAUUGCACACAGAGCGAGUCUAUGCAACUUACUAUGUGACAUGAUUAAGCACAUUUUUACUCCUAAAAAGUAUUUAGGCUUGCCAAAACCAAGUGUUUGAAUGCUUAUUGACUCAAGACAUUUCAGUUUUCAUUUGUAAACAUUUCCGCUUGCACAUUUUGGGGUAUUGUGGUUAAGCCAGUGACAAACAAAUCUCAAUUUAAUAAAUGUUUUAUUCUGGCUGUAACACAAAAUGUGGACAAAAUCAAAGGGUAUGAAUACUUCCUGAAGGCACUGAUAUGCAUAUUUAGGUGGGAUUUCACAAAGGAAGAUCUUUGAGUUAGCCAGGUGGGUAAACACUUAGAGAGAGAGCUUUCUUCCUACGGUUGAAGAAAUGAGUCACCCAUUAAGGGGUGGCAGGUAGCCUAGUGGUUAGAGCAUUGUGCCACUAACCCGAAAGGUUGCUGGUUCGUAUCCCCGAGCUGACAAGGUAAAAAAAAUCUGUUGUCCUGCCCCUGGACAAGGCAGGUAACCCACUGUUUCCCCAGUAGGACGUCAUUGUAAAUAAGAAUGUGUUCUUAACUGAGUUGGAUGCGCCUAGACUACAAGUAACCAUGACAACCAGGUGGGAUUGAAAAAAGUUCAUAUUUUUACAUGAUUUUUUUUAUCUUGAUUUACGGUGGUUUAUCUGGUUAACCUCAGGGAUUCCUCUUGGUGAAACCUCACCCUGGUACAUGUAACUUACCGUAGAAGAAGACGAAAUCUCAUGGUGAUGAAUGUUUCGCUUUUCCUGACAUUUCAUGUUGUAGCUUACUAUGUAUAUAUGUACUAUCACUAUGUGUAAUAUUCUUGAUGUGAGUCUCGCCCUCCUUGUGGAGAGGGAAUAUAUUAUUUACAACUCUAAUUAGUACCUAUAAAGCACUGAUUUGGGGCUAGAUUCAAUCCCAUCGCCCCUUUUCGGGCUAUGCACCUUUUUUUAAAGGCAAUAUUUCCGUGUUCGAGGAGACCGCAUUCGUGGUAAAUGCUGCAUAUGUCGGCUCAAUCGGAAAUGUAUGUCAAUCGCGCUAUAACACAGCUCUUCCGCGGUACGGAUUGAAUCUAGGCCCAAGUACUUUGAUCGUUACAUUUGAGUUUUGAGCAUAAUCAAACUCGGGCAACUUGAUCAGUCUCAGAUGAUUUUCAAUGACGCGUUACUUCCUAAUUCUUUCAAAGAAACCAAUGUUUCUCAUGCAUCCGUUCCUGAAUGAAUACAACCGUUUUCCCAGAACCAAGCCGUCCCGGUCAUUGUGGAAACUGCUGCAGUAUUCUGCCGUGAUCAAAGUGCAUUUCCACCCCCUUAUGAAAGGCUUACGAGUGACACAUUCUAGCUGAAUUAAACCAAAAUCCACUUCCUUGUGUGACUGAAUACGCACCCAUUCCUUUUUGGUGAGGUUUAAUUGGCUGGUGUAGUUUGCCUCUUGAAGAUAGAAGUCUCAUCUGCUUGCUCACUAGGGCCAGCUUUAGCAAGCUUCUGCAUAUGUUAACUGAUCUACAAAUGAUGGUAACAUUUGUGGAUCUACAAGCAGUAUUGACUUUAGAGCCUAUCUCAUGUUUGUCACAGUAUCAGGUCCAGCUUUUUGGCCCAUGUAUGUGACCUUACAAUGCAGUACUACAAUGUAUGUUUCUGAUUUGUCCGACGCACAUUUUUCUUCAGUUUGAAUUCAAUGGGAACAGCUUUCUGAAUGCAUUUCAUUUGUUGCAUCCAGCUCUGAUUGUACAUAUGUCAGGGGAAUUUAAUCCCUACACACACACACACACACAACACUAUGCUGCCAUUUAACUACAUAUGGACGCGGCACAAACUCUCCUGUUUAUGUGACACAUUCAAAAUGAUUGUAAAAUCCUGCAUUUAAAUUUGUAAAUAAAAUGCCAUGUCCGUAUGGACAUUUGUACAUGA